AUGAAUAUAUUGAAUGCACUGAUACUGAAUCAAAAUGUAGAAGAAGAUCUACAACAGUUUGAAAAGAUUGUUGUAGAUGAAAGACCAUUUGAUCAUCAAGUUGAAUUUGGAGAAGAUUCAUCUGAUUAUGGAGGUAGUGAUGAAAUGGGAAGUGUUGAAAGCUCCUAUACUGAUGAUGAGGCUCAUGUGCCAAAACCCAAGAGAAAAACUCCAAAGUUCAAAACAUAUAGGAGGGAAACUGAUUUGAGACAUCCCGAUAUGACAUUGGGAUUAAAAUUUUCUAGUAUGAAGGAAUGUAGAGAAGCUAUAAGAGAGUUUAGCAUAUGCACUGGGAAACCAUUAGCAUUUAAAGUAAACCAGCCACAUAGGGUAAAGGUAGAAUGUAAAGGGGUUGAAGCAACAAAAUGUCAAUUUUUACUAUGUGCAGGCUUUGUGGGGGAAAAAGGCCCUACCAUUAGGGUGAAACAGUAUGUACAAGAGCAUUCGUGUGGUAGACUCACUAGCAACUGCUUUGACACUUCUACUUGGUUGGCUGCAAGGUUUGAUCAAGAGAUUAGAUUGAACCCCAAGAUAAAGAUAGGUGAUUUUAUUACUACUGUGAAGAAUACGUAUGGCAUUAUAGUGACAAAAGAUCAAGUAUACAAAGCAAGACAAAAGGCUGCAAACAGUAUUAAAGGGAGCAUCGAAGAGCAGUACGGUAUGCUUCGAGAUUAUGGAGAAGAACUAAUGAGAGUUAAUCCAGGAACUACUGUGAUAAUCAAAACUGAGGUGAGGAAUGAAGAACCUAUUUUUUUGAGGAUGUAUGUGUGUUAUGGAGCUCUUAAGACAGCAUUUGCUAUUGCUGAAUUGGAAAAUCGAGAUAGUUGGACAUGGUUUCUUGAUAUUUUUGUUGUUGAUAUGGGAAUUCAAAAUGAUGGAACUAAUUGGGUGUUCAUAAGUGAUAAACAUAAGGGCUUAGAGGCAGCAAUCAAAGACUUGGUGUCAAGUGCCGAACAUAGACAUUGUGUCAAACACUUCUAUAACAAUUUCAAGGGAGCUGGUCAUGCUGGGCUUGGAUUGAAGCAAACAAUGUGGGGUGCUGCAAAAUCAACAACUAUUCCUUGGUUUGAAGCAGAAAUGGACAUGUUAUUUAAGCAAUCAAAAGAGGCAUGUGAUUGGUUCCAAGAACCUGGUAGGUCACCAAAUCAUUGGAGUAUAUCACAUUUUACAAUUGCCCCUAAAUGUGAUAUUCUUCUUAAUAAUUUAUAUGAAGCAUUCAAUUCAGCAAUCAUACCUGCCAGGGAUCAGCCUAUAUUAAUCAUGCUGGAGAGGUUAAGGAUUUACUUGAUGCUAAGGAUGGCAAAACAAAGAGAGAAAAGGUGGACACAAGAGGCUGGCCCAAGAAUAUUUGAUAUUGUUGAGAAAAAUAAGAAGGAUGGUGACUUAUGCAUUGUUGAUAUUUCAAUUAGAGGACAUUAUGAAGUCACUCAUCUUCAUGGAAGGAAGUUUUAUGUAGACUUAGAGAGGAAAACUUGUUCAUGUAGGAAAUGGAAUCUUUGUGGCAUUCCUUGUUAUCAUGCAAUAGCAUCAAUAUGUUGGAUGCAAAGAAAUCCAUUGUAUUACGUUCAUAGCUAUUACAAGAGAGCAUCAUAUGAUAGAGCAUAUGCUCACUAUAUUUGCCCUAUGUCCAGUCAAGAUUUGUGGCCUAAAACUGGACAGACUGCCAUUAGACCUCUGAAAAUUCGUAAACAAGCAGGAAGACCAAAGAAAAGUAGGAUAAAAGAGCAAGGUGAGAUCCUAAAAGGUGCAACUAAGUUGCCCAGAUACGAUGUUAUUGUCAUUUGCCGGGUUUGUGGGGGUGAAGGCCACAAUAGAACAAGCUGCCUUCAAGGCCUACGCGGAGGUAGAGUUGGCAUAGGAGGUGUACAUGGAGGUAGAGUUGGCAGAGGAGGUCGAAUUGGUAGAGGAGGUAAAGUUGGGAGAGGAGGUGCGGAAGGAGGUAGAGCUGGCAGAGGAGGGAGGGGGACACCAAAUCAACAAGGAAGUCUUGUGCCAUCAGCAGCAAGUAGCAGCAGAGUGAUAAAUCAAGGAGGCCACGCAAGGCAAGCUUCGUGUGACUCUUCUGUUCCAGGAAGAACUUGGAGACUAUAG